AUUAUUAAAUACUAUGGAUGAAAUCCAAUAAGAACCAACGAGAGAUUAUUAGGUAGAGACCUACUACCCAAUACCUAAUAAGAGGCUUUGGUAGUUGGAUGGAGAUCCAAUACCCAAUAUGGCAAGAUCCAUUAGGGUUAAGUUGAUAGAGGCCUCUAUAAAUAGGAGGGAAUCAAAGGGUCAUGGGUUAGGCUUUUUUGGCUGUCACCUCCUAUUCUCCUCUCCCCUUCUCCUCCUCGAUCUACAGCCCCUAUUUGUGGCGUGUGAACAUAAGGGGCAACCAUUUUUUUAUUGUAUGGUGUGCACGAGGAAGAGAUUUGGACAGUGAUUUAAGGAGCGUCUUCAUAGCCCCUACCGUGUGGAUCACCACUAGAGAGGAGGACAAUUAACCUCAUUCAUCAUCUUACAUAUCUAGGUAACACAUCUUUCUUAUACAGUUUUCGGUUUUGCGGGUUUUUGCAUACUAAUUUUUGUACCAUGAUGAAAAAUUUUGGGAUUUUUAUUUUUUAUUCUUCCGCUGUGCGUAUGAUGUCGUCCUAAGAUUUUCCUACAUUAAUAGACUAAGAUUUUCCUACAUAAUUAGACUUUGUUUAUUUCUUUCUAAAUGAUAUUCAUUGACCAUAAAUAAUUCGAAAGUGAUGUGCUUUCUUGAUCCUUUGAUUUGAUUGUCAUAAAUAUUUUGUUGGAUGAACAUUAUGUUGUAAAGUUGAGUUUGGAUUUGGUGUAGGAUUUAUUUUGUUUUCAUUACAUUAAAUUAUGAAUGUAAAUUGAUUAAAAUAUAUAUGCUUCUUUUUUCAAGUGAUGUGUUUUUUUAGAUGACAAUUUAAAGUUUCUGUUUGCAUACAUAUAACUAACUAUAUGUCAUUAAUAUUACAAAUAUUUUCAUAAUUUGUUCAUAUCAUGAUGGUGGGUCAGAGAUGAUAAUGUAUUUGUUAAUCUAGAUCUUCCAUCCUCGAGUGCAAUGAUCCUAAUGUCAUGGAUUUUGAUCAUGGAAUUUCCAUAAGACUAGGAAUCAGGGAAGCUACUAAACUGUGAUCUGAUGAACACCAUGGAUUUUGAUCAUUUAUGAGAUUAUGUAUUGGAGAUGUGACUUCAUUUUGAUCUUCAUUCCCUAAGGCUAGAAUGGAAGUGCUUCAGCUGCAGAGGGUUAGGGUUCUUGCAUUGUCCAAAAUAAGACGGGCAAAUAGAGUUUACUGCAACAGUUUAGAGAAAUUACUGCUUUCCUUUUCUUUUCUCCUAAGUUGCACAAGAUAUGAGCAAGAAUACAUAGGACCAAGUCAACCAUGGAUCCAAGCCUUUGUUGACUUGCAGAAAAAAUUCACAUCAAUGGGAGCCAGCCAAGCAGUUGACCUAAAUUUCAUAACAGCAUAAAUUAGCAGCUAUUCCAGUUGUCCAACAGCAACAGAAGCAAUUUUUCUAUUAUGAGUUUUUUUUUUGAGAGAAUAUAUGAUUUUUAUUUCUUGUUCUUUCAUAAUAAUGGAAUAGAUAUAUGUUACCUUCUUUGUUAGUUGAAUCCCACUUAUUAGAUAUGGAUGCCAGCAAAUUGAUCUACUGCUGUUGAUGUGCAUAGCUGCAUCAUAUGGUUUUUAUAUACUUAUGAGAUAACUAAAUGCAAUGAAUUCAUACAUAUUAUACUCUUUGAUAUGGAAUGAAGAAAAUUUAAGGCCUUGGUUGGGUGUUUAACAUGCCAACUUAACCUCAAUGAGUAAUAUGUUUAUUCAUCAAGUUGUAUAGUCCAGAAAACAAUUCAAACAAGAACAUUGAAAAGAUGUUUUUUCCCUUUUUUUUUGUUUUUCUCACUUUAGCAUUAGCAAAUCCAAUGCAAACUAAUGGCAUGAUUAGUGGAGACUAAAAAGAAAGAAAGAAAAUGAUGAAUUCUUUAAGAGAUCCAUCAUUGGGAUGUUCUCAUAUGGUGGGCAACAAAUGAGAGCUUAUACUAUUGGUAUGAUACCUAGAUCUUAGGAAGUUCUUCUUAAUUAACCCAUAACUCAACUGAUCAAUUAAUUAAAAUGGUUCAUCUCAUAAGAUGAAGUUGCUAAUGUGGGUUCUUUGAACUUGUUAAAAGAAUUCAACUCAUGGGAGAAGAAAGAAAGAAAUAGUGAAGAAGAUUGUUUUGGUUUCAUGGGCAGCGGAAAUGGUGUUGGGGGAGAGCUAGUUGGAGCUGGAGCUUAAUAGACAAGUGAUGUCAUGAUACCCAUUACUUGCAACUUGGUAAUCACCAGAGAAUUCCUUGGUUGUAUAAAGCUAUGGAUUGACAAAGCAAUUUUUCCUUUAUUUUUUUUGUCUCUGACAAAUAAUACAAUUAAUGGUAGUGUUGUUGUUAUCUUCUUAAUUAGAUGGUGAUAAAUUAGCAUUAAACAUAUACAUGCUAGCACCUUGUUUUAAGGUCUCAUGGAGGUAGUUCGAGAGGAUCCUAUCUUGUAGACUUGAUCAAUUUAGUCAAAAACUUUCCAUCAGUUUAGGUCUCGUAUUGCAAGGAAAACAAUGGAUUUUGUAGGCUAUUAUAGACAAUGGAAGACAAUUGAUGUAUCUAAUUUAAGCUUUCAAUUAAUACUAGUUUGAAGACAGCUAAGGGUUUCUCAUCCUUUGAUAUUGCCCACCAUCUCCCAAACCUAUGUCCCCUCUUAAUCUACCUUAUCUGACCUUUGUGCAACAGCUCUCUCUCUCUCUCUCUUCAAUAUACAAAAUCGACUACCUUUGUCUUUGGGGGAUCUUGUGUAGUUUUAGUACUUACAUGGUCUGUGUUCUUGUGAGUUUUUGGCAACACUAGAGAUGAAGUGGGUGGGGAUGGAGCUGUUGAUCUAGAUGAAGUUCUCCACCGAAUCCCAUUUCAGUUUAAGUCCAAGGAAGACUGCGAAACAUCUUUGAGUACAGAGUCUAGUUUUGUUUGGCUCUGCCUCUCAUAUGGAGUGGAGCAUAAUUCAACUGUAUACACCAGCAAAAUACUUCUCUUUUUCUCUCCAUUAGUAACAUCUUUUGCUUGCUUUUAUUAAUGCUCAAGGACUUGCUGAGAUUGAAAGCCUCCUUCCAUGGCUUGCAAGAUGAAAGGGCUCCUCAAGGGAAUAAAAUACAUCACCCACAUCUUUGUGCACAAGGAGCAUGAGAUGGAGAUUGGGUACCCGACAGAUGUGAAGCAUGUUGCUCAUAUUGGUUUUGACAAUCCAUUUUGGAUGGAUGAGUUCAAGUCAGCAUCUGAUUUCUCAGGCUCCCUCAGCAAUUAUGAGUCUGCACAUAGCUCUUGGGUUUCUCAAGAUUUUGAUCGACCAAGAGAGCUUCAAACAGCUUCUGCCAUGUUCAUGGAUCACCGUCUGCCUCGCAUACCAAAAGCCCCCCGGUCGAAGACCAAGCAGAAGAAGAAGAAGAACAAGGUGGCAUCUCCCACAUCGUCGGCGCGAUCGUCGAGGUCGUCGACGUCGAGACCUUCGUACUUCACUGCGAUCGAGGAUGGUGGUGAAAUAACAGGGUCUCUGGAGUGUUCUACAUAUCGAUCUUAAUUUUAUUUUGCCUGAACAACACUCGAUUCUAUAGCUAUAGAUUCAGUUGAAGAACACAAAAUGAUUUGGUCGGUGUACAGUAUUUUACUAGAUUGGGAUGAAGCAUGAUUCUUUGAUUUGUUUA